AUGCACCGCGCCUUGUUCGUGGCCGAGAAGAACGAUGUAGCCAAGGGGAUCGCCGCCCUUCUUUCGAAAGGAAACUCCCAACGACGCGAUGGCCCGUCAAAAUACAACAAGAUCUACUCGUUCACCAUGGAUUUCCAGGGUCAGCAGACAAUUAUUGCCGUCACGUCAGUCAGCGGCCAUCUGAUGAGCCUGGAUUUUGGGCCCGAGAUGAAGGAUUGGCACGGGACGACGAUGGAACGGCUUUUUGACGCGCCGGUGAUUCGUUUCGUCUCCAAGGACAUGCAGCCCGUCGCCCAGAAUAUAGCAAACGAGGCCCGAAACGCGUCGACGCUGGUGAUCUGGACAGAUUGUGAUCGUGAAGGGGAGAAUAUUGGCGACGAGGUGAAGACCGUGUGCCUCAAAUCGAACCCCAGGAUGAAUGUUUAUAGGGCAAAAUUUUCUGAAGUCACCUUCGCGUCUAUCAACCGAGCAAUACGAACCCUCCAGCGACUCGACAACAACAUCGUCGAGGCCGUCAAUUGCCGCUCGGAGCUCGAUUUGCGGAUAGGCAGCGCUUUCACGCGCCUACAAACGCUCCACUUUCAGCGCCAUUUCGCUGCGCUUUUUGGUGGUGAGAAUCGACAAGUAAUUUCCUACGGCAGCUGCCAAUUCCCGACGCUGGGUUUUGUGGUGGAGCGGUACAAGGCCAUUCAAGAAUUCAUCACCGAGCCAUUUUGGAAGUUGCAAGUCGAUCAUUUGAAGAAUGGAGUCAAGACGGAAUUCAUCUGGGACCGGAUACGCCUCUUCGACCGCGGCAUCGUACAGUUGCUAUGCGAAGAUGUCCAGGGCGCCAACCAGGCCAAGGUCGAGAAUCUGAUCAAGCGGCCGAAAAACAAGUGGAGACCCGCCGGACUGGAUACGGUGGAAUUCGAGAAGCUGGCCGUCAGGAAGCUGCACAUCAGCGCCAAGACGGCCAUGCAGGUGGCCGAGGGUCUCUACAGCAAGGGAUUUAUCUCGUAUCCUAGGACCGAGACGAACAAAUUCCCGCAGAACAUGGGGCUGACGAGCUUGGUGCAAAUGCACGUGGAUCACGCGGCUUGGGGAGCAUUCGCGCAGAAGAUUGUCGACGAGGGUGGCGCCAAGCCGAGGAAUGGAUCGAAAAGUGACGAGGCCCAUCCCCCCAUUCAUCCACUCAAAUUUGCCACGAGGGACCAAUUCUCGAACGACAACGAUUGGCGCGUCUACGAGCUGGUCACCCGUCAUUUUCUCGCCUGUUGCAGCAAAGAUGCCAAGGGCCAGGAGACCAAGGUUACGAUUCGACUAGGCGGCGAAAGCUUCACAGCCACGGGCCUUAUGGUGGAAGAUCCGGGCUAUUUGGAGGUCUAUCCCUACGAGAAAUGGAGCGACAAAAGUGUCGGAAGGUACGAGCUCGGGGAGACGUUCACCGACCAUCAGGUGCGGAUGAUCGAGUCGAAAACGGAACCGCCGCCCCUGUUGACUGAAGCCGAUCUGAUCACGCUGAUGGAUAAAUACGGAAUUGGCACCGACGCCACGCACGCUGAACAUAUCGAGAAGAUUAAGCAACGGAGCUACGUGGGUCUGGACAACAACAAUCACUUCGUCCCCGGAUUUCUCGGCCUCUCGCUCGUUGAUGGCUACGAUGCUAUGGGAUUCGCAAUGUCGAAGCCGCAGAUGCGCGCGAAUCUGGAGAAACAGCUCGAGAAGAUUUGCGAGGGCACACGGAAUAAGGACGAGGUGUUGAAAGAGCAGCUGGACAGAUAUCGACGAAUUUUCCGCAUUGCUGAGGACAAGAUCAACAGCUUGACCGCCGCUUUUAUGAGCGACGACCGCCGCAAAAUGGUGCGGUUGGCGGAAUGGGACCGCCAAGACCACCGCCGGGAGGAGGAGGAGGAGGAGCUGGAGUUGCGGCUAGAGGAGGAGCAGCAGCAGCUGGAGCGACAAGAGGAGGAGCAGCCGCGACGAGAGGAACAAGAGGAGCGUCUACCGCAGGAGCCACGAGAGGAAGAGGGACCGGUCGAAAACGGCCGGCCAAUGAUGAAAAUAUUUCGGUACCGCAGCACAUGCAAGUGCUGGGGAAUCAAGCGCCAGCGACGAGGGGCAGAGGACGAGGAAGGGGAGCGGCAGCUGCAGGAGGAGCGGCAUGUGGAAGGAGAUCGGGUGACGGGACGAACGCGCCGAAAUGCAAGUGCCAUCUCGCGUCGG